AUGAUCAGGAUGAUGAUCUCGCCACUUUCGAUCGUACUUCUCGCUGCGUCAGGUCACAUACAUGCAUCACAAUUGGUGCAACUGAACCCUAACCCAGACACAUGCAGUAUGGGACUUGGAAAUUACAUCAGUACUAUAUGCUCGAGCCUCAAAGCCAAGUUAAUUAGCUUUUCUGGUUGCUCAUUUACCUGUGAAGGAAGAAAUGAUCAAGAUCAAACUACAAAUACUAAACAUUAUUUGAUGGAUGGCUUGCCUUGUGGACUGUGUAGGGAAUGCUGCACAGGAGUGUGCACGCCCAUUCAAUUCGGUUUUGAAAACCCGUUAGCUCUGAAGUCAUGCGCUAAAAAAAGGACAGCAACUGGAUGGUACUCGUAA